UCGUUGGUGAGUAAUCGAGUUUCCUCGACUGCCGCCGAGUCUCGGGUCAAGCUAUAAAUACUGAAUCUCUUCCUUCGGUGUUAGCGAAGCACGCUGUAACAAAACAAUCCCGUUAGUGAUUGGGACGAACGGAAAAUUCCGCUUACCAAUUUCGAUUAUUAGUCGUAGGUACGGACGUCUGCUACAGCACUGCAAACGGUUAUCUGACGUUGUUACCAGUUUUUGCAGAUAUGACGUCACCAAAGACUGAGCCGGCGGCCGAAGUUCUUGUGAACGGCCAGACUCCCGGCUGGAACGUCAACGCCGACCCCGCUUCGUCGGACGGGACGUCGUCGUCGGGCGACCCCAACAAGGGCAAGAUAAAGGAACGAGAGACGUGGUCGCGAAAAAUCGACUUUCUUCUGGCUUGCAUCGGCUUUUCCGUCGGCCUCGGCAACGUGUGGCGGUUCCCUUUCCUUUGUUACAGGAAUGGCGGAGGUGCGUUUUUAAUUCCGUACUUCAUCGCCGUGUUGCUGGGAGGAAUCCCUGUGUUUUUCCUCGAGGUAUCGCUAGGACAGUUCAUGUCGGAGGGAGGAAUCGGACCCUGGAAGAUCUGUCCUUUGUUUCAAGGUGUCGGCUACGCCUCAGCUGUGAUAGUGUUCCUACUGAACUGUGACUACAACAUCAUCCUCGCUUGGGCGUUCUACUACCUGUUCUCAUCGUUCACGUCGGUCCUCCCGUGGUCCAACUGCGACAACGAGUGGAACACUCCCGAGUGCACGACGUUUCAGCGGUCCCUGAACGCGACACGCGAAAAUUCCACUGCCAACGUCACCAUCGGCAACAUCAGUUUUGAUCACGUGGCCUACAAUCUGUCGUCUGCUCUGAGCAAGGUCUCGGAGGUCGUCGUAGCUUCCAGUAAGACCAAAGAGAAUAUCCUACCAGACCCAGUUACAGAGUUUUGGGAGCGGAAAGUCCUCCAAUUGUCCAGUGAUGUGGGGGAGCCCGGAACAAUCAAGUGGGACCUGGCCCUCUGCUUGUUACUCGCAUGGAUCGUCGUGUAUUUCUGCAUAUGGAAGGGCAUUAAGAGUUCCGGCAAGGUCAUGUACUUUACUGCGACUAGUCCGUACAUUUUGAUGUUUGUACUGCUCAUUCGAGGCAUGACGCUAGAUGGCGCUAUGGACGGCAUCCACUAUUAUUUGGUUCCUGAUUGGGGAAGACUCCUGGACCCACAGGUGUGGGUGGACGCCGGGACACAGAUCUUCUUCUCCUACUCGAUCAGUCUGGGCACGUUGACGGCGCUCGGCAGCUACAACAAGUUCCACCACAACAGCUUCAGGGACACUCUAAUAUUUGCUGUGGUCAACAGUGCAACCAGUUUGUUAUCGGGUUUCGUCAUCUUCUCUAUUCUCGGCUUCAUGGCCAAGCAGCAAAACGUGUCUGUGGCGAAUGUUGCCGAAUCAGGACCCGGGCUGGCGUUCAUCGCCUAUCCCGAAGCCGUGUCACAGAUGCCUGUUGCCCCUCUCUGGUCCAUUCUGUUCUUCUCAAUGAUAAUCCUGCUAGGACUGGAUAGUCAGUUUGUGGGUGUAGAAGGCUUCGUGACGGCCGUGGUAGACAUGUAUCCCACGUACAUCCGGAAAGGACGGCGCCGGGAAAUCCUCAUCGGGGUCAUUUGCCUGCUCUGCUUUUUGAUUGGCUUGUCCAUGGUCACUCAGGGCGGGAUGUAUGUCUUUCAGCUCUUUGACUACUACUCGGCCAGCCGAAUAGUUCUCGUCGUCGCUUUCUUCGAGUGCAUCGUUGUUGCUUAUAUUUACGGUAUAAACCGUUUCUAUGACAACCUGGAGAUGAUGUUUGGAUUCCGAAUAAACAAGUCCAUGUGGAUAUGUUGGUCCAUUCUGACACCUAUAUUCACUGUCGUUAUCUUCAUCCUCGGGUGUAUCAGCUACUCCGAGCUGACGUAUAACCGCAAGACUGUCACGUACGAGUAUCCGAGCUGGGCCAUUGGCAUCGGCUGGACGAUGGCGUCGGCGUCCAUCAUCUUCAUUCCCGGAAUCAUGUUGAAGAGAAUUGUGUCUGUCCCAGGAUCACUGAAGGAACGCAUAGUGAAACUGAUACGACCACGUCUGAAACGUCACCAGAUCCGCGCCAACGAGGACCUCUCCUUGAUCGACAUUAUCGACUACGAUUACGAAACGACAAACUCGAUAGUCGUUGACGGCAGCGGCAAACCCUGCCUGGCAACACAGCUUCUGGCCACCGAGAUCAAAGAUGGCGAUACACAGGAAAUCCGUGCACAGUGUGGCGAAAACAAUGUUUAACCACUGGCUCCUCGAAAACCAGCAGCUGUACGUACCGGUAGCUAUUUAACUUUCGUAACUGUACUUCGGUUUUUUCACUCACAUAUCAUGAAUGGAUUCCUGUAAAUGACCUAACGGAUUUCUGUAGAUGACCUAUUUGGUUCCUGUAUACGUUUGAACAGUUUUGGUGGAUUGUAAUAUUCAGAGGAGAUUUGCAAUCUUACAGAACCUUUUUUUUGCAACCAUCUUUAGGUCAAAGCCGGUUGAUGCAGAAAUCAUACACUGUUUACACUGUUUGUGGAUUGUAAUAUUCAUAGGAGUGUCGCUAUUUUUAAGGACAUUAUUUACAACCAUCUUGAGGUCAAGGCAUUUAUUCAGCAAUUCUGAAUUAGACAUCACUUCAAAAGCCUGCGUUCUUGUACAACCAUCUUGAGGUCAGUGGUUAUUGAUUGAGACAGGAGAGAGUAACAGUAACUUGGAAAUCACUUAAGAAACCUGCUUUUUUUCACAACCAUCUUGAGGUCAAGGUCGGUUGACACAGGAAUGAUAGAGUAACACUGACUUGGAACUACUUGCGAAACCUGCCUGUAGUGUACAUACUGCUGGGCAGGUGGCAGCCGGGGAAAGUGUUGGACGAGGACCAGCUACAGAAGAUAAGUUUGCUCAUACUGAGCUGGAGCUACGGACAUUUUUCAUCAUCACACAAUUAGAUUCGGUAGCUAGCUACUCGUUUUCUAGGCAGCCGGUGCGUCUACUAUCAUAACGCAGUGUGUGUAUUGCCACAUGGCAGUGUGUAUACUGUCAUAAGGCAUUGUAUAUACUGUUGCAUGGCAGUGUGUAUACUGUCAUAAGGCAUGGUAUAUACUGUUGCAUGGCAAUAUAUACUGUUGCAAGGCAGUGUGUAUACUGUCAUAAGGCAUUGUAUAUACUGUUGCAUGGCAAUAUAUACUGUUGCAUGGCAGUGUGUAUACUGUCAUAAGGCAUUGUAUAUACUGUUGCAUGGCAGUGUGUAUACUGUCAUAAGGCAUUGUAUAUACUGUUGCAUGGCAGUAUAUACUGUUGCAUGGCAGUGUGUAUACUGACAUAAGGCAUUGUAUAUACUGUUGCAUGGCAGUGUGUAUACUGUCAUAAGGCAUUGUAUAUACUGUUCCAAGGCACUGUAUAUGCUGUUGCAUGGCAGUGUGUAUACUGACAUAAGGCACUGUAUAUGCUGUUGCAAGGCAGUGUGUAUACUGACAUAAGGCACUGUAUAUGCUGUUGCAAGGCAGUGUGUAUACUGUCAUAAGGCACUGUAUAUGCUGUUGCAAGGCAGUGUGUAUACUGUCAUAAGGCACUGUAUAUGCUGUUGCAUGGCAGUGUGUAUACCGACAUAAGGCACUGUAUAUGCUGUUGCAUGGCAGUGUGUAUACUGACAUAAGGCACUGUAUAUACUGUUGCAAGGCAGUGUGUAUACUGACAUAAGGCACUGUAUAUACUGUUGCAAGGCAGUGUGUAUACUGUCAUAAGGCAUUGUAUAUACUGUUGCAUGGCAGUGUGUAUACUGUCAUAAGGCAUGGUAUAUACUGUUGCAUGGCAAUAUAUACUGUUGCAAGGCAGUGUGUAUACUGUCAUAAGGCAUUGUAUAUACUGUUGCAUGGCAAUAUAUACUGUUGCAUGGCAGUGUGUAUACUGUCAUAAGGCAUUGUAUAUACUGUUGCAUGGCAGUGUGUAUACUGUCAUAAGGCAUUGCAUAUACUGUUGCAUGGCAAUAUAUACUGUUGCAUGGCAGUGUGUAUACUGACAUAAGGC